UUGAGAGCAUUGCUCUGGGAGAGGAGGAUCUCACCAACGAGCUGAUGAACGAGGACAUCCGUAUCCAUAGCUGGCCUUGUUCUUACUACCUGGACACUGGGAAGCAAUGGGUCUCUGGGAGACUCUCCCUGACUCCUGUGGCAAUCAAAUUUACAGCUGACAAGACUGGGGAGCUUUUGGUUGACUUCCACCUUUCUGGCAUCAGUGAGAUCAAGAAGGAAUCUUCCAAUUUAAUCUUCAGCUCCCUCACCAUCUUGGAGAAGAACACCAAGCACUGGUUCAGUUCUCUUCAGCCCAACAGGAAUGUGGUGUUCAACAUCCUGGAGCACUUCUGGAGGGAGCAGUUGCUCUCAAGCCAAGGGGCAGGAGCAGAAGCAGCAGCUUUGCAGACUACGAAGGGAAAGGAACUGACUGGAUUGAUGACUGGAUCCCAGAAACGCUUGGAGGACACAGCAAAGGUGCUCCAUUACCAGGGAGAGCAGUUUGAUAACAUCAUGAAAGGACUCAACAAGAUUGAAGGGGAUAUGGAUGUAGCAGACAGGUUGUUGACUGAGCUGGAGUCUCCUUCUUGGUGGCCAUUUAGCAGCAUGUUCUGGAAAGGACCUUUGGAAGUUAAGCCAAAGGAAACUGCCACGGUUUCCAAUUCGAAGAACCAGGAAGGAAUCCUAAGUAGAAUUCCAGUUAUUAUCACCCACAGAACAGACUCAAAUGUCAAGCCAGGAAAAUUCACCCUUUUUGCUUCUGGCCUGGAAAUCAGUGACUGCAAUUCCCAGUUGAUUCACAGGUUUGAAUCGAAGGAUGUGGAUGAUAUCCGAGUUCACACUCCCUAUGAAAUCAGUGUCCGGCAGAGGUUUAUUGGGAGACCUGACACCUCUUACAGGCUCUUGUCAGCCAAGAUGCCAGAAGUCAUUCCCAUCUUGGAGAUGCAGUUUAGCAAGAAGAUCCAGUUUUUAGAAGAUGCCCUUGGAUUUGGUGGUGCCAGGAAGUCUCCUCAGGUGGAUUUGGGCACCUCCAUUUGGCAGGCAGCCACAGGACUCCUGGGAGGAGUGGUGCAGCCUGGCUCUCCGGUGGGAAGCACAGAAGGUAUGGAUAAGGACCAGGUCCAGCUGCAAAAGCAUGAGAAGGUCUCCCAGGAAGAAGCAAAAGAGCUUAAACAGAUCCUGAAGAAGCUGAAGGGCCUUGCCUUGGAGACUGAAGCUGAGCUGGAGAGACAGGAUGAAGCCCUGGAUUCCAUCACUACCUCUGUGGAUCGCACCACACUCAACAUCCACAAGCAGAACCGCAGGAUAAAGAAGCUAACGUAG